ACAGGCGGCAUUUUGAAUUGAAAAAAAAAAAAAAAACCAUGGCGAAAUCUUCAAACUGAUGCAUCAUGUGGUCCUCGGCGAUGACCCAGAAGUCAAACGUGGCAAGCCAUCUCCGGAUAUAUUUCUUGCAGCCUCUAAACGAUUUGAGGAUGGCACCGUGGAUUCUAGAAAGAUUCUAGUAUUCGAAGAUGCACCGUCAGGAGUUGCUGCGGCGAAGAGUGCCGGAAUGUCAGUAGUUAUGGUCCCAGAUCCCAGGUUGGAUAGUUCGUAUCAUGAAGGCGCGGAUCAAGUCCUAAAUUCCCUUCUGGAUUUCGAUCCGAGCCGUUGGCGCUUGCCCCCAUUCCAAGAUGCUGCUAGCUAAACGAUGCUUUCACCAGUGGCAUUUAGGAGGAGGUAUGCUGGUUGUUGAGAAAUA